AUAGACCACGCCCUUCUCUGCGCUCCUCCAUGGCAUGGCCACCCACUGCGUCAAUCUCUCCAAAUUCUUCAAGAUCACAUGGGUCCAGUACCAAUGGAAGAAAAACCGCAUCAAAUCCUUCGCCUCCUCAGCUCCGACGAGUGAGGCUGGGCACCUUGAGGCUGAAGCCUUCACCGUGCUCGUGCACAACACCUGUUCGCUGAAAUGCCUCAGAGCGCUCCACGCGCGGCUCGCCGUCACGGGAUCGAUCCGGGACAACUAUGUCUUCACGGUCCUCGUCGAGAGGUAUCUUUCUUUAGGGAAGCCCGCUCCCGCGGCGUCCCUUUUCGCCGAAGGCUACCACAGCCGCCCCACUGUGUAUUCACUGAAUCUCGCCGUCCGUUGCUUCUCGGACCAUGGGUUCCACCGAGAACUUCUUGAUCUUUACAGGGAGCUGUGUGGCUUUGGGUCCGACAACUUCACUUUCCCGCCGGUCAUCAAGGCUUGCACGGCUGUGUCUUGCCUUCGACUGGGGAGGGAGGUGCAUUGCAGGGUUCUGCGGACAGGGCAUGGGGGCAAUGUUGGUGUGCAGACUGCGCUCCUUGAUUUGUACGCAAAGGCUGGCCAGAUUAAUGUGUCAAGGAGAGUCUUUGAUGCCAUGGUGGAGAGGGACUUAAUUUCUUGGAACGCUAUGGUCUCAGGGUACUCGCUCAAUGGGUGCUUCCAAGAAGCUGUAGAGAUGUUGCAGGAGAUGCAGCAGGGUGGCAUGAGGUUGAAUGCAAGCACACUUGUUGGUAUCAUUGGUAUGUGCGGUGGUGUCGAAGCAAAGGAUGUUGGUAGUUCGCUCCACGCAUUGGCAAUGAAAUAUGGGGUGAUAGCUGAUGAGCCCCUUACAUCUGCGUUCAUCUCAAUGUAUUCUGCAUUUGACAAUCUUUCCUCAUCUCGAUUGGUUUUCAAUAUGCAACCUAUGAAAGAUUUGGUAUCUUUCAAUUCCAUGAUAUCAGCGUACAUGCAGCACUGCAACUGGAAGGAAGCUUUUGAGGUCUUCAGAUUGAUGCAUUGUGCAGGCCUAGGACCUAAUCUAGUCACUGUGGUUUCUGUCCUUCCAUCUUGCAAUGAAUUCUUUGGUAUAAACCAAGGCGAGUCUGUGCAUGGUAUGAUUAUCAAGUUUGGCCUUUCAGAGCAGGUUUCUGUUGUCAGUGCUCUUGUUUCCAUGUAUUCGAAGCUUGGGAAAUUAGAUUCAGCUAUGCUCCUUUUCUGUUGUUUCACCGAGAAGAACAAUCUUGUGUGGAACUCUAUGAUUUCUGGAUACCUUGUGAACAAUGAAUGGAGCAGGGCUCUUGAUGCGUUCUGCAAGAUGCAGAUCGAGGGUGUGGCUCCAGAUGCAACAGGUAUCAUUAAUGCGAUCUCUGGAUGUAGACACACAAAAGAUUUGCCCAUGGCGAAGUCGAUACAUGCAUAUGCUGUUAGAAAUAAAUUUGAAUCAAACCAGAGCGUAAUGAAUGCACUCCUAGCUAUGUAUGCCGACUGCGGAGAUAUAUCAGCUUCCUAUACAUUAUUCCAGAAAAUGGAAAUACGGAUGUUAGUAUCUUGGAACACUAUGAUAUCUGGUUUUGCUGAAAUAGGGGAUUCAGAAGCUUCUCUAAUGUUAUUCUUCCAGAUGUGCCACGAAGAAGUGCAGUUUGAUUUAGUAACUCUGAUUGGUGUUAUUAGCGCCCUUUCAGUGUCCGAGGAUGCUACAAUUGGAGAAUCAGUUCAUUCUCUAGCAAUCAAAAGUGGAUGUAAUUCUGAUGUUUCUCUUACAAAUGCCCUCAUUACCAUGUACACCAAUUGUGGUAUUGUUGAAUCAGGUCAGAAACUUUUUGACAGUUGUUCUGCGAAUACAAUCACUUACAAUGCUCUGAUGAGUGGAUAUCGCAAAAACAACUUAUCUGAAAGGAUAUUGCCUUUGUUUUACCAAAUGGUCAAGAAUGAUGUGAAACCAAAUCUUGUAACAUUACUGAAUUUAUUGCCUGUUUGUCAGAGCCAGUUGCAAGGGAAGUCUAUACACAACUAUGCAGUACGAAAUUUCACUAGGCUGGAAACAGCCCUCUUCACAUCAGCUAUGGGUAUGUAUAGUAGGUUCAACAAUAUAGAAUACUGCAGCAAAAUUUUCAGUUUAGUUGGUGAAAGAAACAUUAUAUUAUGGAAUGCCUUCUUAUCUGCAUGUGUCCAAUGCAAGCAGGCUGAUAUGCUAGUUCAUUUGUUCAAGCAUAUGCUCUUUCUUAAUGUCAAACCUGAUGCAGUAACCAUGCUUUCACUCAUGUCAGCUUGUUCACAGCUUGGAGAUGCAGAUUUUGCUGCAUGUGUUACGGCUGUCAUCCUUCGGAGGGGUUUUGGUGCAAAGGUUUUGGUUCUUAAUGCUCUUAUUGACAUGCAUUCAAGAUGCGGAAGCAUAUCCUUUGCGAGGGAGCUCUUUGAUAGCUCAGUGGAGAAAGAUUCAGUCACUUGGGGUGCAAUGAUCAACGCAUACAGUAUGCAUGGGAAUGCCUGCAGUCAUAGUGGCUUCGUAGAGCAAGGGAGAAAAUUGUUCAAAUCACUACAGGCAAUCUAUGGCAUUACACCACGAAUGGAGCAUUAUGCAUGCAUGGUGGAUCUAUUGGGCCGAACUGGCCACUUGGAUGAAGCAUAUGAUAUUGUUAGGACAAUGCCGUUCAGGCCAUCAGAUAAUUUGCUUGAAUCGUUGCUUGGAGCAUGCAGAUUCCAUGGUAAUUCUAAAAUUGGCGAGUCUGUAGGGAAAUUGCUCAUUGAAUCUGAGCAUGGAAAGUCAAGAUCUUAUGUCAUGCUCUCGAAUAUCUAUGCUUCAGCUGGCAAAUGGAGUGACUGUGAGCAGCUCAGAUCAGACAUGGAAGCAAAAGGAUUGCGGAAAGAUGUGGGGGUUAGCUUAAUUGGGAUGGCAUAGUAGCCCUGAUGAAACAAAGGUUUAGAGUUUGACAUGUUUGUUGUCACACAUUACAGUUUUGGGUGAUGUCUUGAAACUAUGCGCAUAUCUGGCUUACAGGUAGUCGCCAGAACACUUAUUUUUGUUUGUGCACAAGAAAACAUUCCAUCAUUCUUCCA